GUCUCUUGAUCACAACUUAACUGAGCCAGAGGAGUCGAGGGAGAGACACACAGAGACAGCCCCCCAAUGGUUUGAAGAGGCUGCAGCCAGCGAGGCCACGUGAGGAGCCUGGGCAAUGACAGCACGGCAGCCGAGCGAUUGAAACUUGAAUAAUUUGAAACAAAAGGACAUCCUCACGUUGGAAGCAGCCCGGCGUGCGGCACAGCCCUGAACAUGACCACAGAGAGUUUUGCAGAGUUCCUGAAUAAGCUCAAGGAAAUCCAUGAUAAAGAGGUCCAAGGCCUGCAAAGCAAGCUGACGGAGCUGACGACGGAGAAGUGCCGUGAUGCUCAGAGAAUUGAAGAGUUGUUUGCUAAAAAUCACCAGUUAAGGGAACAACAGAAGGUCCUUAAAGAAAAUGUAAAGGUGUUAGAAAACAGGCUGCGAGCGGGUCUCUGCGACAGAUGCAUGGUCACCCAGGAGCUGGCGAAAAAGAAGCAGAAUGAGUACGAGACCUCCCAUUUCCAGAGCCUGCAGCACAUCUUCAUCCUCACUAACGAGACGAACCGCCUGAGGGAAGAGAACAAAACUCUCAAGGAAGAACUGAAGAGGCUGCGGAGCCUGGAGGACAGGACAAAGCCCCCAGGAAUCACCUCCAGAGAAAGCAGCUCAGCUUCCAGCUCCCCUUUGGCUUUACUGUCCCCAGCGAGCAGGAAUGCCAGCAGCGAGAAAGCAGCUCACAGGGGAGCAGAAGAAGCCCACCAUGAUGUGCUAGGCCUCGAGCUGGGAGAAGAAAAGCCUGCAGGACAGAAAAGCUCUCCAAGCAGUAGGACUUCCCCGAGCACUGUUCUCCAAGAAGUCAGCUUCGCAGAAAUCGCGUCCCAGAGGAUCGCCAACCAGCUGCAUGGAACCAUCGCCCUGGUGAGACCUGGCUCCAGAUCCUGCCUGCUGGAGAAAAGUCCUUCGGGGGCAGCAGUGUCCCCACCAGCAAGGAAGACUCCUCUCCCAUCGGAGCGCGAGCACAGCCCCAGCCUUGAGGCUUAUUUAACAGCAAGCAAACCGGACUCCCCCAAGGUUGCUCCAUCCUACGAAAACCUAAAACUGACCACCCGGAGAGAGCAGCUCUGCCUCCUCCACAAGCACCUUUCCCUGCACCACCUGGGGCUGAUGAGCAACUGUACCUCGGCUGACCGGGAUGGCAGCAGCUUCUCCAGCCAUUUGCUCCGGGCUAAAGACACCGACAGCAGGACACGGUCGCGCGAUAGCUGGGAAGAUCGUGCAGCCUUGCUGAAGCUCCCUGCCGCCAUGGUGUACGUGAGGGAUCAGCACCUGGAAGAGAAGCUGCACCUCCUCAAGCACAGGGAACGACUGCAGCAUUUCCUCACGCAGCAGUGCCAGCCAGGCCAGCGGGCACAUGGAGACCCAAAGCUCAUGCCUGAGGAGCGGCCCCUCUCCCCAUGGCAGAGCAUCGUGCCAGGAUGCAAGGAGGAAAGGUCCUUCCUGGAGGAUGAUGCAGAUGGGAAGGAAGAGAAGGAGCUUUGGCUGAGCCGGGACAGUUCUGAGCUCCGAGAAAAGGUGAAGGUGGCGAGCGAUGAUGGUGCAGACGCACCACUGGAUCUGUCAGACUCCGGCCGUGGCAAGGAAACAGGGUGGCACAACUGUCGGGAGCCGCGGGGGGCCGGCAGCCCACAGCUGAGUCCCGGGGAGACUCCCCCUGUGCCAGCAGCCCGCAGCCUCUGCAGGGGACACGGCACAGAGCAGGACGACUUGCGCUUCCCCUACCGCUGGCCCAAUGCCGCCUGGGCACAGCCUGGUGCUGUCGAGGAGGAGGAUGCAGCUGUGCUCACGCUCUCAGAGGCACAUCUGGCAAACAACUCCACGCCGAGCAACCCAGAAGCCCUUCCAGAGACCGGGGUGAGACUGGAUGUCAGCGCGCAGAAGGGAGAAGCAGAUGACGAUGACGCUGAGUCUGAGAAGCAGGAGUCUGAUGAGCCAGACACAACAGACAGCGAGGUGGCUGCCCCAUAUGAAGAUGAUACCCUACAAGAAGCUCAGGCUGAAGGGAGAUAUUUUUGCACCAGAGACAAAGCUCAUGCAUUGCAGAAGAAGAGAAAAAGAGGACAGGAUCCCUGGACAAAAGGAGCUAAGAAGUCAAUGAGAGGAAGAAAGAAAGCCAAAGUGGAGCAGUGCUCAGCAGGGAUCACGAAGGAACUGGAGAACUGCUCUGCUUCCCACAACAAUAUCUCCAAGGAGAGCUAACAGCAGGGCAGGAUGAGAAGUGACACAGACGCUGCAGACCAAAGGAGAGGGCUCAGAGACCUCAGCAUCCCACCCAUGCUGGGAGAGCGACUCCUCCUGCCGUGCUGGGCCAGGCAGUGGGGAAUUCGUAAGGACUCAUUAAUGAAUAGAGCACCCUGAAAAUUCUCAGUCGGUGCCCCGGGAGAGGCUAGGCAAGGAAGAGCCGUGCAGGUGAUACCUGGAGCAGCCAGGUCACUGCUGGUGGAGCAGCGCAUUCAGUGACCCCCAGCCCUGUGCCAGAGCAGACCCUCAGACCGACGCUAGGAAGAGGAGAUGGCCUUUUUGCAACACUCACCCUGGAUCAGGACCAUGUUGCUCCUGGGAUUUCAUGCAAGAACAGACUACCCAGACCCCGCUCCCCAUGUACGAUGUCCCGGUGGCUGGCUGAAGAGU